CGCCUGCGGCGAGAGCGAGGCGGGGCGGCGGCGGCAAACGAGGCGGGGGGCGGGCGGCUGCCCCGCGCCCAGGGGCGGGGAGCGCGGCGCCGGCCCCGCCCGCGGCGCUCCGUGGAGCUGUUCAGCGCCCGGGUGCUGAGUCUCCGCGGCGGACGGAGGCGAGGGCGGCGCUCCCUGCCCAUCGCUGCGGCGCGGCCAUGGCUCCGGCACCCCGCCGCCCCCGCCGAGCGCUCUGAGCGCCCGCCGCGGAUGCAGCAGCUCGAGGCGCCUCUGGCUCCGCGGGGGAACGCGGCAGAUUUCCUCUUUGUCUCCAGAGUGUUUCUUUAUGGCAGCCUCCAGUGAACAAUGACAUCCUUUGACAAAUACAGAUGCCAAAAAGCCAGACAAAAACAGUGGCCUUGUUUCAUUUUUACUCCAACACAGUGAAAUGGUGCUCUUAAAGUUUUGUUGUUGACUCUCACUGGAAAAAAACCAGACUUCUGACUGGAUCUUUUUUUCCCCAGCCCUUUCGCAGUGUUCUUAUGGAUGCUUGACACAGUGACAUCAUGUAGUAGGCCCUGAAGUGUUGUCAUAAUUGAGUUGCAAUGGUUUUAUACACUUCCCCAUUUCCCAACAGCUUUCUGUCAGUUCUGCAUUCUUUUUCUUGGGGCUUGAUUUUCCCAUGUUACUGGUUAGCAGAUAGGCUUGUGGCCUCUUUUGUUCCAACCACCUAUGAAAAACGUCAAAGAGCAGAUGAUCCAUGCUAUUUUCACGCACUCUGCAUCAUUAUUACCACUCCCAUCUACUUGGCGCUGUUGGCAGCCUCUCUUCCUUUUGCCCUGAUUGGCUUCUUACUAUGGUCCCCUCUCCAGUCAGCCAGAAGGCCAUAUAUCUACUCCAGACUAGAAGACAAGAACCAUGCCAACGGAGCCUCACUGCUCACUGAAUGGAAGGCUGCAGGGAGCGGGAAAAGCUUCUGCUUUGGCAGUGCCAAUGUUUGCCUGCUGCCAGAUUCUCUGGCAAGAUUUAAUAAUGUUUUCAAUACACAGGCUAGAGCUAAAGAGAUUGGCCGCAGGAUCCGAAAUGGCGCAAGCAGACCACAGAUCAAAAUAUAUAUAGAUUCUCCUACCAACACGUCCAUCAGCGCAGCAAGUUUUAGCAGCUUGGUCUCCCCACAGGGUGGAGAUAGUACUGGCCGUGCUGUUAACUCUGGCAUCAAAAGGACAACAUCAAUGGAGUACAAAGGAGACAAUUGUGGCUCAAACAACAGUGAGGAUAGCAGAGAAGAUAAAGGUGGAGCUGGAGAGCCAAAUGAGGGAGAAGAAAACACUUGCAUUGUGCGCAUAAAUGGAGAGGAUAGUGGCCACAUGUCAGAUGCAGAUGCAGAUACUGUCAAUGGCCAGGCUCAUGCCAGUGGCCCAGCAGAGCCCUCUCCGGAGGGUGACACAGAGAUCUCAAAAACACCGAACCACAAACAGAAGGAGGGAGAUUCUGGGAGUUUAGACAGCUACUCUGCCUCACGAGAGUCCUUAGUUAAAGUUCGUGUUGGAGAUGGUACGGUGGACCAAAGCACUGUCAACAACAAGCUGCUCUACAAAGCUUCAAUCAUGAAGAAGACUUCAGUGCAGAAAAAGAAACAUACAGAUGAGACCUUUGAUCAUGAGAUCUCUGCUUUCUUCCCUGCCAACUUGGACUUUCUGUGUUUGCAGGAAGUGUUUGACAAAAGAGCCGCGGAGAAAUUGAAAGAGCAGCUUCAUCACUAUUUUGAAUACAUUCUGUAUGAUGUUGGGGUCUACAGUUGUCAUGGCUGCUGUAGCUUUAAGUUUGUGAACAGUGGUCUACUUUUUGCCAGCCGCUAUCCUGUUAUGGAUGCUGCCUAUCACUGUUACCCCAAUGGAAGAGGAAUGGACUCCUUGGCCUCCAAGGGAGCCUUGUUUCUCAAGGUGCAAGUGGGAAGUACACCUCAGGACCAAAGAAUUGUAGGAUACAUUUCCUGCACUCACUUGCAAGCUAUUGCAGGAGAUACUACUGUUCGAUGUGAGCAACUGGAUAUGCUUCAAGAUUGGCUGUCUGAAUUCAGAAAAUCUACCUCCUCCUCCAGUACAGCCAAUCCAGAGGAGCUGGUGGCUUUUGACGUUAUCUGUGGAGAUCUCAACUUCGAUAACUGCUCCUCUGAGGACAAGCUGGAGCAACAGCAUUCUCUGUUUACAUACUACAAAGACCCAUGUCGAAUUGGUCCUGGGGAGGAUAAACCGUGGGCAAUCGGCACCUUGUUGGAUCCCGAAGGAUUGUAUGAUGAAGAAGUGUGCACUCCGGAUAACCUACAGAAGGUGCUGGAAAGUGAAGAAGGAAGGAAAGGAUACUUAGUCUAUCCCAGCAGCAAGAACCACAGUUCCAGUCAAAAGGGGAGGAAGGCAUCGUUGAAAGGAAAUGGGAGGAGGAUCGACUAUAUGCUCUAUACAGAAGAAGGCCUCUACCUGGAAUGGAAAGUGGAAGUGGAAGAGUUCAGCUUUAUUACCCAGUUAGCGGGCUUGACAGACCACCUACCGGUAGCAAUGCGUCUCAUGGUGUCUACAGGAGAAGAUGAUCCUUAAAACUGACCAGCUUUAAGAGAUUAGAAGAGGGAAACGUUAAUGAUAUUAAGAAAAUAUCAGAGGAUAAGAACAAACUGUUCUGGUGCCAUGUUAGGAAAGAUGGCCAGACCUGACCCGGGCUACUCCCAGAACAUACCAACAGCGGAGGAUAUAAAAAGGGAAGAAAUGGAAGGGGUUGUGGCGGAAAGCUGCUGUCACAAGUUGCUCAGGCAACAGAGCAGGCCUGUACUACAAUGCUUUCACUGUGGACCGAAUGGAACCAAGAUGGAAGUUGUAAUUCCUUCUGAACCAGUGCCAUUCUUACUAGAACAUGUUUUUAUACUAAUAUAUAGCACAAUUUAGUUUGUAAUUAGUCUGUGAGUUAGUGCUGCUCAAUGUUUUUUUGCAUAAUUUCUUUGUAUAACUAAGAAGCUAAAGCUUUUUUUGGUUUUUUAGCCUGUUGAAGUUGUAGUAGCGUGCUUGCAUCAGUAGCAUGCGCCCGCACUGCAUGCCACUCUCAGAUAACAUAGUCUGUAAGAUACCAUGGGGAAUAUCAGAAUGGAAGUGAGUUAAAAAAUCUGAUUCCAGCCAAAGGCAUUCUGGGACUCGCAAACCCUUCUGCCAUUACAGAUAGACCUUCAAACUCACACACGCAAACUUCACCCAAUUUGCAGACCAAUAUCUUCCUGUCCGAUUUAAGGAUACUUAAUAGAUUUGGCAUUAGUACUUUAAGAACACAGAUCUACCCUUACUCCAGCUGUGUUCCCACUGAAAUUAUGAAGUGUUUUGUCUGAAUAAUGACUCCAGAAUCAGGCCUUUAGCUUUCUAAGUGCAACGUAUUCCUUUAAGAAGAAAUAUAGUUCCCCAGUUAUGUCUUUUCUUUCUUUCCCAUACGUGGGGCAGUUCUGAAUUAUGGGAUAGGAUGGGAUGUAUAUUACAGUAGAGUGAAUAAAUUCCUGUAGUACCAUUGGUAACACCAGAGCCAACGUUCUGCCUUAGGUAGGAAGAGUCACCGGGAAAUAACUUGAGAAAUGCAUGCUUGAUAUAGGGUUCAAAUAAAUGUAAGUGGCAUUUGGGGGGGGAGGGGGGGGAAGUGUAGAACAGUGUAUGAUUGAUAAGGCAGGAUAACCUCACAAUUUUACAAAGGAAUCAGUACACAAAAAGGGAAAGCAUAGUACAGCUAGUUGCUAGAGAAGAGAUCUGUGACUCUCAGCGCUGGGUAACUACUUCCUAGGUGCAGAGGGUUUGUUUAUGUCUGCAAGACAACUCUCCAUUUGUUACGCGCUCAGACUUUAGUAGGGGCUAUGCCAUCUAGUUCAAACGUUCUUCUGACUGCAGCUCUUCAGCCGUGGGGCUGCCCUCUGACAGCGUAUCCCCAGGAUCUGCCCUGCCCUGCCCAGCCUCUGUAACCUUAACAGAAACAAGGAAAAGCUGAGAAUCAGGUCCAUAAUGAGAUUUGGCUUUUUUUAGGGAUUUCAACUCGGAAGGGUUUGUGUUGCUGGAAUAACAAUGAGACCCCUUGCAUUUAACCGAUACUUAGUUUCUUCUGCCUACUACUUCUUCAAUUUUAGUGUUAUUUCCUCUUACAUUACAAAUUACCUGUGUUAAAAAGAGAAGUUAAUCUAAUAGUUAUACUUACCUAAAUAAGUAAACUGGUUUAUUUACACUCACCACAAACUCCUGAAGAUGCUCUUGUUUCAGUUUAGUUUACACCUGCUAGGAAUCAUAUUGAGCUAAACCAGAAUAGAUUUAAAUUAUUUAAAUCCCAGUCUGCACACCUGUUACAGUAAACAACAGAACUUAGAUCAGCCUGAUUUUGCAAGCAGAGAAGCUCACACAAAGACUGGACAAACAGUAUUGACUAAUCCCAAGUAGGCUGUGAGCAUCUGCUCACAUCCUCCCACCAUACCUGGUCUCCAAAUGGUUUAUGCCUCCUUUUCCAGUCCUGGUGUCCCUUCAGCAGAGACUGCCUCUUAAAGUGUACUGUGCCAAACCCUGAGUGGUCUGCAAGUGUAACCCACAGGGACUCUAAAACACAGCCAGACUCAAUCCCCCUUUUUGAUAAAAUUAAGUAUUCAUGUUUACAGCAGCAGAGACUUCAGUGUCCGACCCCCGUGCACCACCAAUUCCCCACUUUGUAUGCUUCUCUUUAUACAGAGGGUGCACUUACGUGCGAUGUGUUUUUCUGGUUUCUUAUCUCUCCACCCAGUUCAGAAAGACUUGUACCUGAAACAAUGCUUUUAAUCCUGUUUUCUACUUUGCUUGUAUUUUAUUAACCUUUUUAAAGAAACCAAACUGUAUCAGUAGCGAUUUGUGUGCUGUCCAGCAGCUGUUUCUCAGUAGUCAGAUUAAAUAUGAGCUACGGUAUUUUUAAUAGCUUUCCUACAAUGUAAAGUACAAUUUGAUAUCAGUUUCACCAAGUAUGAGUUGCAGGAGCUGAAUUUGACACUGUGUGGGAUAUAAUCAUAAACCUACUGCCAAGCAAUGUUACAUUUUCAGUUAUACUAACAUGGUCUAAAUUACUUUUAAAUCAGUUCUGUGGCUUUGUGCUGACUGAAAAAAAAGGCAAUUUUGUCAACUUUUUGGAAUACAUCAAGAAAUAUUUUUCAAAUUUGAAGUAAACUGUUUUAGAUUUUGAUGUUCUUAGUUUCUCAGUGAUCAAGAAAUGGAUAGUUGUAAAAUAUUCUCUCUAAACAACACACACAUUUAAUCAGCCUAGGCAGUUCUUUAGGAUUUACUGUCUUAAGCAUCUACCUUUGCAAGAGAGGGGUGCUGGUGAGUGCAGCGUUGUGGCACCACUGUACAAGAUGCUCCUUGCUUUUUUGCAUUGAUCCUGUGCCUUCUGAUGCCUUGGUACACGGGCAGGAGCCAGAGAGCAUGUGUACGGGUGAAUUGCAUCAAACAGACUUUCCUUCCCAGGAGAGUAACGUCCUGGAGAAAACCAAGUCUAUCUGCACCACUACUACCCCAGUUCCACGUAUUAUGUAUGUCUCGGAGAAUCACUUGGACAACGCUGUACCAGCAGGACAUCUCUCAUUACAAGCCUUAAACGGAUACUAUGUCGUAGAAUAUUUGCAUUCUAAAAUGGGAGGGCAGAACACGCCCACGAAAUCAAACCCUGGAUAGCUUUUUCAGCAGUCAGUCCGACUUGGCUUAAGUGCAGCACGACCCAAUUUAUUAGUAGGAUGUUAUUCACAAGAAAUUUGAGUUACAUGUACUCUGCUUACCCCACUUUAUACAGGAAUUUCAGGUAUCUUCAAGUGGGUGAUAAUGCAGUUUCUUGGUUUAAUAACUGCCACGCAACAGGGAUACUGUAGAUGAAGUGUCAGCUGUUUUUAUAAAAGCUAGGCAGCAUCUUCUGUUUCCCAAACUGUUUCAGUUUGCAUCUUAUGAUGACACUCCUAGAACAAAUGAACAAAAGAAACAAAUGAGAAUAGCCAAAAACUCACAACUUCCAGAAGUUUCAAGGAUGUCAGUUCUUUACAAAAUCUGUACCUUUAGAUCACUUCAAAACCACAGCCUAUGGAAAACAGCAGGUGAUCCCUCUGGCACAUUCAGAUCCAGUUAAUCUGCACCCUGUUUGAGGGAUAGGCGAUCCCCCUGCUUUGCACCCAGCCAGCCGCUGCAGACCAGGGCGGCAAUACCUGGGGUACAGCUUUGUGCCAUGUGGAAAAGAAUUUACUGCAACUAAUAUGAGUGGUGGCCGACUAGUUUUAUGCCAUUACACACAGAAUGCUUAAUAGAAGCUGUCUAAAGCAGCCCGCCAUGCGCUGUGGCACAGCCUGACUCCAGGAGAAGCCUGCAGCCCGCUGAGGUGUGGCUGGUGGCAAGGAAACCCUCGAGAAAGUUAUCAGGUACCAUGAGGUUACCUGUCUGCCAGUAUUACAGCACAGCUUUGUGCCAGCGGUGGGCCAGGCUAGCCCCUCACCUUGUUGGCAAGACAGUAAGAUUCAAGGAACUGAGAUUCCAAUCAAGAAUUUUGGUUUUAAAAUGACCUUUGUUUGGUGGGCCAGAUUAAGCAGAUCUGAGUGUCCCCAGUGUGGUCCCUUAAGAUCGCACAGCAGCACAUCAAGUGUCAGCACAUAUCAUCAGCUUAGAGAUGAAGUAUUUUUACCUCCUCCUGGCGCUACAGGACAAGAACAGAAAUACAAUUCAAGCACUUUCAAAACUCCCACUUUUAUCAUCAAUUGAUUAGGGUCAAAUUGUUACUGAAGGUCUCAUUUUCCCAUGCCAUCUUGUUUGAAAUAUAAUCUUGCUGCUUUUAAAGACUUGUAUUAUUGCUGAGGUUUAGAAAUCCUAUAAGAAUAACCUUUUUUAUUUCAAUGAUUUUUCGGUAUUGUAUCCUUCUGGAACCUAAUGUUUUUAUAUGGUAAGCACACACCUUCGGACAUUUUGUUAUAAAUGUAUUAAAAAAUAAAAUUUUAAAUAUUUUCAUUGGUUUCUUUGCCUGCAAGAAAACCACAAUCUCAGACCUGAUAAAAACAAGGUAUUUUGAACAAUAGGGAGAGAGUGUUGUCUUUUAUUGGUGCUGAAAGGAAUAACUGGUUGAUGCAAACAAGAUAAUAAAAUUU